AUGGAGUACGACCCAAAGACUGCGCAGUCAAGUACUUCGGACAAGAAUUCGUUCGCCUUCGUGUCUGCGCGGGACCGAUGGCCGACUAUAAUAACGGGAGCCAUCGACGAUGUGCACAAAGCAGUCUCGAAAGAGACCAACACCGAGAAGCAAGAAGAAGGCAAACGCAUCACACAAGCAAUAGCCGCCUUGAAGUAUGAAAUGCAACAUGAUCGACAGCUCACUCCUCUCCCCGACGACGGCCAACCAGACAUCGCACGCUACAACCAAGAGCUACAGCAACGUGGCAAUCCGCACUGGCACGACGUCGCCUGGCUCUACGCAGAAUGCUACCUCUACCGACGACUAAGUACCAUCUUCUCCUUGUCCACGCACUGGAAAGGCUACGACGUUUUCAGCAAGCAGAAAAUGUCCACCUUCCGCUCCUCCCGCCCCGCCGUCCUCGAGCUUGCGGCUCGGUACAAUGAUCUAACCUCACAGCUGCAAUCUGAUCACUCCUCGCUUGCCCAAGCUUCUGACUCCGAGCGGGAGAAGGCGGAGGAAAUGCUUUUCAUUGAGAUGUCAGAGAUUUGUCUUUGGGGUAAUGCUACGGAUUUGUCGCUGUUGACGAAUCUUUCCUAUGAGGACAUUCAGAAGUUGCAGGGAAGUGAGAGUCGCAAGGCUAAUGAGGACAAGAUCCUUGUUAAUGACUUCCAUGCUGCGUUCGCGUGCCUGAAGAAGGCGCAGAAGUCCGGGGCUGGCGAACGUAGGGUCGAUAUCGUGCUGGAUAAUGCCGGGUUCGAGGUGUUUGUCGAUCUUUUGCUGGCUGGCUACCUGCUGCAGUCGGGACUUGCGACGCACAUCGUCCUGCACCCCAAGAAUAUUCCUUGGUUCGUCUCGGACGUCGUGCCGAAAGAUUUCUCGGACUUGCUCAAUGUGCUGCUUAAUGCAAAGUCGUUCUACGAAACGCCUUCCGAAGACGAUCAAGCGCGCGGUAUCACGCCGCAAUCACUCUCCGACACGGACGCGAAGAACUUGCACGCUUUGUUUGAGAACUGGAGUACCCUCUACGCCGAAGGCAAGAUCCUAUUACGACCGAACCUCUUCUGGACGGAGGGUGGAUCGUACUGGCGCAUGCCGAAGACCGCGCCGUCUCUCUACGAAGACCUACAGACCUCUGAGCUCGUAAUCUUCAAGGGCGACUUAAACUAUCGCAAGCUCACCGCUGAUGCUCUCUGGGACCCUGCCACUCCGUUCACGGAAGCGAUCGGUCCGUUGGGACCAGGUAGCGGAGUCAGAGUUUUGGCUUUGCGGACGUGCAAAGCUGAUGUCGUUGUUGGGCUUCCCAAGGGUAAGGACGAGGAGCUCGGCGGCCCAGGCUCUGCGGGGGGUGGUAAGGAGAUGGGUGGGAAGCGGGAGUGGGCGUGGAGUGGAAAGUGGGCUGUCGUGAGCUUGUGUGAUGGUAAAGCAUAG